CUGGAGAACCUGCCGCGCCCCGAAGAGCUGCAAGACCCCAAGACGCGUCGAGAGGGCUACGAGCACAUGGGCUGGACGCCGGGCGCGCCGAUUCUCGGGACUUCCAUUGACGUGGCAUUCAUCGGCUCCUGCACCAACUCGCGGUUCUCGGAUCUCGUGGCCGCGGCGCGCGUUGCCAAGGUGCAGGUUUCCGCGGGCGUGAGAGCGCUGGUGGUGCCCGGCUCCGUGGAGGUCAAGAAACAGGCGGAGGCGGCGGGGCUCGACGGGUCUUCACCGAAGCGGGCUUCCAAUGGAGAGAGGCCGGCUGCUCCAUGUGUCUGGCCAUGA